AUGAGCCAAGCAAGCAUCGUGGAAUUUCAUCCUCAACCUUGGGUCGCAACUUUUGCCACGUGUACCCAGUCCUACGACGAUCCCUCCGCACUCAGUCUGAUAAGGCUGGGUGGGCGAGUGGCUAACGGCUUGGUGGUAUGUGAGACAGCAUUGGGGUUGAGCUUCGUCUCGUCACAAGUGAGUCCUCUCCAAGCCAGCGCUGGAGAACAAGAUGACAGUAGAAUGCUGGAGAACUUUCGGUCCAAGGCUCCUACCUCCGCGGCUUCGUUUUCAGCGAGCGCGUCAAAGACGAAACCCGCGUUUGGUGGUGGGACAGGCAGUCUUGCGGAUGAACGCCUGCCACGAUCCUGCAGGGUUCAGUGUCACACCGACCCGCAGACCCUCGACGAAGAUAUCCACCCACGCAUAUCAUCGGGGCCGGAAGCGAGGUAA